ACGAAUGGUAACUCACGGCCACGGCAUAGUAUCUCGUUUGCACCACUAAAUUAUCUCGUGGCAACGACCUAGUAACUCGUUGCCAUGACAUAGUAACUCGUGCGUACCACUUAAUGAUCUCGUGGCCACGACUUAGUAGCUCGUGGCCAUGACAGAGUAUCUCGUGCGCAUCAUUUAAGCAUCUCUCGUUGCAACGACAUAGUUUAUCGUGGCCACGACAUAGUAUCUCGUGUGCACGACUAAAAUAUAUCGUUGCCACGACGUAGUAACUUGUGGCCAUGACAGAGUAUCUCGUGCGCACAAGAUAAUAAAAACACACACAUGUCACCUCUGUUAAACCGUAGAAAGUAGUUGUAACGGCGGUCAAUAUUUUUCGGCGUUAAGUUAUUGAAAAUUAACUUAGGAUAUGGAUCUAUCGGAGGAGCGGAUUGUUUACGGCGGGGCAUGUAUUUUUAACGCCGGGAGGAUUUCCGUCAGUAGAAAUUUACAUUGAAUUAUAUAGAAACGGCGGAGAGGUCGCACUCCGCUUUUUAUAAUAAACAUUUAGCACUAAAUCGAAUAUAAGUACUGUGGCACUACUUAAAACGAAAAAAUAACAUAAAAAGAUAAUAAAAGUACACUCAUCGGGUUUAUUAUAUGUUUGCUUACACUACGCUAUAAAAUCUGUUAUGUUCGUCAAUUUGUACUUAAAAGCGUAGUAAAUUAUUUUUUAUUUAUCUUAUGAGAGUAACAAGUUGAAGUGGUUGUUUUGGUUUUGUUUUUAUAUAAGUGUUCUUGUUUACAUCUAUAUUAUACAAUUUCACUUUAGAGGGACGAUCCAAAUAUACCCGGAUUGAAGCCACAAAUUUCAAAUAUAUUUUAUACGUCCAUACAAAAACACAGGAAUAAUAACAAUAAUUUUAACAUUAUUAUAUAAACAAUUUUGUUUAAUUGUUAUACUAGUUCUUGAAAAGAGAAUAUAUUGCCCGUGUAUAUUAAACUAUAUAAACGCCACGAUUAGACAAUGAAAAUCGACGUUACAAACGGGCAGUAUUACAAUGAGCAAUACAAAUACUGAUAAUACCAUGUAUUCCUAGGCGCUUCACAGACAACAUUUUUAAUAUCAAAUAAAAACAGCAAUUAUAUAAGUUAAAGCAUGAUUACACACUUAUCUAUCGGCCAAAUAAUGUAAUAGUUUAGUAUGACGCAAGUUUGGGUGUAUAAGACGUUCUGGCGAAUCAUUCAUGAUUGUUCCAUGAAAUAUUUAUUUUAGAUACACCGUCGGUAUGUAACUAUGAUUAUUCAAAACGAAGCUGAACGCUCAACACUUUAAAUGAAAUUCUAAAUUUGAAUUAAAGAUGAAACAUUGAGCAUAACAAAGAAAGAAAAUUAAUGAAGACAACAUUAUAACUAUCAGAAGUAUACACAAAAUCUUGACCAUCCCUUGUACUCUUAUAUAUAGUGAUAAAUAUCUGUUAAAAUAUAUGUACCUUUUAUUUUAAGUUUCACGUAAUUUAACAUUGAUAAAAUUUUCAUAGGUGUCAUUUGUUUGCUUUAAUAUGAGUUGAAAUAAACUUUUUCCAUUUCGUUUAAUAUUUGUUAUAUAUUGUAAUACUUAAUAACUGAACUUGCUUUGAAAAGCAAAUUAUGUCGAAGGUGCAUCAUUAUCACAUUUCAAUGAGUGCAUUUCCAUCGUAUAAGUAUGUUUGCGGACGCGUAUCCCAGCUUCAUAAACGUUAUGAAGACUUAUUAGGAGAAAUUGGAGUAAAUGGCACAAUAGAGCAUCCAAAGUUUGACACGUGUGGCGUUGAUGUUUUCUUAAUUGAUAGUCCGAAUGAUUCAGUGACUCUACAAAUUAACGACUUUAUUUCAAAUCGGUCGUUUAUCCAACAUGUGAAGGGACUAAGUUUUAAAGAUGGGAUGCCUGCCUUAACAACCCACCAAGGAGGAACUUAUUCUGGCAUGAUUGCACCUAUUCUGAUUCCGGAAGCUUUAGAAGAUUCUGUUGAACUCCAAGGUUUGAAAAACGUAAAAACAAAAUUGUUUGUUAUACGCGAUAACAAAUUGAAUGACAAGUUAAAGACAUAUUCUGAUGGUAGAAUUUACACAACGAAAGAGCAAGUUGUUGAUGAUGUUAGUGACGAACUAGAAAAGGAAAUUCUGAAGUCAAUUAAACUUGAGUAUGAACAUGUUAAAAUCUUGCUGGAUAAAAGGAAAUCAUUUGACAAAGGAAAUAAUUGUCAGAAUCAUCGGGGAAGAGUGGAUGAUAUUCACAAAAGAGAAAGAAAUGACAAGUGCGUAAAUAUUGAAGUCAAAAGCAGGGCAAAAUAUGUUGAUGAAAAUGUUAGUGAGGAGAACAUUUCCAAACAAACAUUUGAGAAAUUUGAAACGACUAAAACCAGGCAGGUGAUAAUGCUUGAAGACAAGAUAUAUGAUACUGACAAAUUUUCUAAAGAUGUUCUCAAAAAGCUUAGAUAUGUUGAGAUGGACAAGAUUGUAAGCUUGUAUGCAGAAAUGACAGCUCUCUUUCGUACAAGUUGUCUAUCAACCGAGGAACAGCCUAUUAGUUGUUGCACUGAAAACAUACAAGUAGAUAAACAGAUCGAGACAGGCACACCUCCAAACUCUAUUUUUGGUACACUCGGAUGCUUUGCUUCUAUGCAUAAACGUAAUAACCACCAUGUGUAUGCGUUAACCGCCAAGCACAUACUUUCACAAGGCGACUUCUUUUCAUGCCCAGAACACGGUUACAAUAAACCUAUCGGCCAGGUUGUUCCUAAAACUGUUCCACCAGCGGGAUUAGACAUAGCAGCUCUUAAACUAAAUGAAGAAAUAAGGUUUUGUACAAAAUUUAGAACCGAGCUUGAUUGUGAAGAUACGAAUUUGUUACCGUGUAAGCUAUACGACUACGUAGAGGACGAUGAAAGUGGGAUACUAUGCUGUGGGCAGCUUGUGUAUAUUUGGGGCGCCGCAUCCAAGCCAGGAAAAGGUGUGAUAACAGUUCCCAAGUACCUGACCAAUGACAUGGAAGAAGGAUUGAUUGUGAUUGAAGAUCGUUAUUCAUGUCAGGGCGAUAUUCCGGAACGUUUCUGUAAACCAGGCGACAGUGGUGCAAUAGUUUGUGUAGAAGACAGACGUGGCAAAUGUGUUCAUGUCUUGGCUAUGGUUAUGGGAAUCCUAAAUGAAAAUGCUGUACAAAGUAAUCCAGCUUCGAGAGCAAAAUACGUUACUGUGCCAUUGUCAAUAGGGCUGCAAGAAUUAACGAACAGAACGGGAUUUUCAUUCCAACUAUCUGGUUGUAUCCAUGCGUGCAAGUGA